GGCAUAUUGAUACGUGUCGUCCAAGACAGCCACGACUCGCAACCGCUUGCCAGUUUAAGCCUACGCGGCCACCUUUAUUCGAGUCUUCUUGUUUCGUGUGUGAGUGUUAAACGGUGUUGUUCUUAAGAUCCGUAUUAAGAUCAUCCGUUAUUUCUACUCUCGAAGAUUGGUAUUUUUUAGUGAAAUAACCUUACGGAAUUAAAAUGGGAUUUAAAUUUUUGGAGGUGAUAAAACCAUUCUGCAGUAUACUACCAGAAAUAGCGAAACCACAGAGAAAGAUUCAAUUCAGAGAAAAAGUACUAUGGACGGCAAUAACGUUGUUUAUUUUUUUAGUAUGCUGUCAGAUUCCACUUUUUGGCAUUAUGUCUUCAGACAGCGCAGAUCCGUUUUAUUGGAUUCGUGUUAUUCUUGCUUCCAAUAGAGGUACCUUAAUGGAAUUAGGAAUUUCUCCCAUCGUUACUUCCGGUCUUAUCAUGCAACUCUUGCAUGGUGCUAAGAUUAUUGAAGUCGGUGACACUCCGAAGGAUAGAGCGCUUUUUAAUGGAGCACAAAAAUUGUUCGGUAUGGUUAUCACUGUUGGACAAGCCAUCGUUUAUGUAAUGACUGGAAUGUACGGUGACCCAACAGAAAUUGGAGCUGGUGUUUGUCUUUUGAUCAUCAUCCAAUUAUUCGUUGCUGGUUUGAUCGUAUUACUUCUUGAUGAGUUACUUCAAAAAGGUUACGGUUUGGGAAGUGGUAUUUCUCUUUUCAUUGCUACUAACAUCUGCGAAACCAUCGUAUGGAAAGCAUUUUCACCUGCCACUGUCAAUACGGGUCGUGGAACAGAAUUUGAAGGUGCUGUUAUUGCUUUGUUCCAUCUGUUGGCUACAAGACAAGAUAAAGUUCGAGCCCUUCGUGAAGCAUUUUACAGACAAAACUUACCUAAUCUCAUGAAUCUCCUUGCUACCAUUCUAGUAUUUGCAAUUGUGAUAUACUUCCAGGGAUUCCGUGUAGAUUUGCCAAUCAAAUCUGCUAGGUACCGUGGACAAUACAGCAGUUAUCCCAUCAAAUUAUUCUACACUAGCAAUAUUCCUAUUAUACUUCAAUCAGCAUUAGUAUCCAACUUGUAUGUCAUCUCUCAGAUGUUGGCUGUAAAAUUCCAAGGAAACGUCAUCGUCAAUUUGUUAGGAGUUUGGUCAGAUGUUGGUGGUGGUGGUCCUGCUAGGUCUUAUCCUGUUGGUGGAUUAUGUUAUUAUCUUUCACCACCGGAAUCAGUAGGUCAUAUCGUUCAAGAUCCAGUUCAUGCAGUCUUAUACAUUUUAUUCAUGCUCGGUUCAUGCGCAUUUUUCUCAAAAACUUGGAUCGAAGUCUCUGGUAGUUCUGCAAAAGAUGUUUGGAAACAAUUGAAGGAACAACAAAUGGUUAUGAGAGGUCACAGAGACAAUUCCAUGAUUCGUGAAUUAAACAGAUACAUUCCAACAGCUGCAGCGUUUGGCGGUUUAUGCAUCGGAGCACUCUCCGUGUUAGCUGAUUUUCUUGGUGCAAUUGGAUCGGGUACUGGUAUAUUACUCGCUGUGACUAUCAUUUAUCAGUACUUUGAAAUCUUCGUUAAGGAACAAAGUGAAAUGGGUGGCAUGAGCACUCUAUUGUUCUAAAUUUAUAUAUAUAUAUAUAUAUAUAUAUAUAUAUAUUUAUAUAUAUAUAGGUAUAUAUAUAUAUA